GGCUGUCUUAGUAGAGCAACAUAGUUUUCAGUUUGUAUGGAUAUCCUAACAUUUUCUUGGUCAUUUUCUUGGUCCUCUCUUCUCCUUACUACUGGUUCGCUGAUAUUAUUCUUGUUUCUAUGGGGAAAGGGGAGGGGUAGGACAACUCUUCCUCUUCCUCCUGGGCCUCCUGCUUGGCCUAUCGUGGGAAACCUCUUUCAGCUGGGGAAAAGGCCUCACUAGUCUCUCUAUGCCCUCUCUUUGCAAUACGGCCCACUCAUGUCUCUCCGUCUGGGAAUGAAAACAACAGUGGUGGUGUCUUCUCCUGCCAUGGCCAAGGAGGUUCUCAAAACGUACGACCACAUCUUGGCCGGGCGGAUGGUAAUAGAAAUGAUCAAGUGUCUUUCCCAUCACAAAUCCUCCCUAAUUUGGGCUGAAUACGGAGUUCGCUGGCGUCGUCUCCGACGCAUUUCAACUGUUGAGCUUUUCAGCCCCAAAAGAAUGGAAGCUCUGCAACACCUGAGAAGAGAAGAGAUAUUUCACACAAUUCGACUACUUUAUGAGGACAAGGGAAAAAUUUGUGGAUAUUGGGCGGACGGUGUUCUGCACGUCUCUAAAUUUGUUAGGCAAAAUGAUCUUCAGCACAAACAUCUUCGAUCCUCACAAUCCAGAGUCUUCGUGGUUCAAAAAUUCCAUGUGGGAGAUGACGCAGCUCGCUGGAACGCCCAAUUUGGCUGACUUUUUUCCGCUUCUACGGUUCCUCGACCCCCAGAAUGUCUCCCGGGAGAUGGCCAAGCAUUUGAAUGUUGUGUAUGAUUUUGUGGAUUUCUUCAUACAAAAACGGUUCGCCUCUGCUAGCGAAAUCCUUGAGCGGAAUGACUCCAAGAAGGAUUUUCUGGACGUUCUGCUUGAUUUCAGAAGCGACGACUUCACUCUUGUUGAUAUUCGAGCCCUGAUUUCAGAUUUGUUUGUUGCUGGUACUGAAACGAUCACUACAACAAUUGAAUGGGUUAUGGCAGAAUUCAUUCGCAAUCCACAGAAAUUAAACCGAGUUCGACAAGAACUGGGUGAAGUAGUUGGUUGCAACAGAAAAGUGGAAGAAUCUGAUUUAGAGCAUCUGCCUUAUCUCCAGGCAGCCGUGAAAGAGAUAUUCCAAUUGCACCCGACUGUUCCUCUGUUGCUCCCCAACAAAGCUGAGAGUUCCUGUGUAAUUGGGGGUUAUCUGAUACCCAAAGAUAGCCAGGUGAUGGUGAACGUGUGGGCAAUUGGGAUGGACCCUGCAAUUUGUAAGCGCCCUUCAGAAUUUUUGCACGGAGAUAUGGCAGACGAUCUACAUCAGAUUCCUCUACUCUUCUAUUGCAGCCGACUACUUCAUCCAAUUAUUGCCAGACUCGGUAUAAUUUCUGUGGAUUGCGAAUGA